AGUGGACACGCACCGUCGCGUCGCGUCGCGUUCCCCCAUUCGCCGGCGAGGAAGGAUGUUUAUUUCCUGAAUCCUGACUCAGUCUUUCGAUGGCUCGCGCCUCCUCCUCUGUCGUCACUCCGCAGCGCUCAUAAAGCCCGAUGGAGGAACUGGAACCGGGCAGAACUCACUCGCAGAACCGCGGAGGAACCGGACACUUCCAGAACCGCGGAUCGAGAUGAAGGCCUUCGCCGCGCUGAUGAGGCCGUCGAGCGGCGUGUGUUCGCGGCGCGUGCGGCGCGUCGUGACGCCCGCGCGAGGACUGAGCAGUCAGUCGGAGCCAGGCUUCGGGUUGCUGUUUGACAUCGAUGGAGUCCUAGUGCGAGGGAAGACGCCCAUCCCAGCGGCCAAGAGAGCCUUCCAGAAGCUUGUGGAUGCGAAGGGGCAGUUCCUGGUUCCCGUCGUCUUCGUCACGAAUGCUGGAAACUGCUUACGCCAGAAGAAGGCAGAUCAGCUGUCACACAUACUGGGUGUUCCUAUAUCUCAAGACCAGGUCAUGAUGUCCCACAGUCCUCUGCGAAUGUUCAGGAAGUUUCAUGACAAGCAUGUGCUGGUGUCGGGCCAGGGUCCAGUGCUCGACAUCGCCAGGAACGUGGGCUUCACAAACGUGGUCAGCAUCGACAUGUUGCGCGAGUCUUUCCCUCUGCUGGACAUGGUGGACCACAACCGAAGACCCAAGCUGCCCUCUUCUCCUGUGGUGAACCUCCCCAGAGUCGAAGCUGUGGUUCUGUUCGGUGAGCCGAUCCGGUGGGAAACGAACUUACAGCUGAUCGUCGACGUGCUUCUGACGAGUGGCAAUCUGAGCGGUUCCUACGAGAGCCGUCACACACACACACACCUGCCACUGCUGGCCUGCAACAUGGACCUGGUGUGGAUGGCAGAGGCGCACUCACCCAGGUUCGGCCACGGCACGUUCAUGGUGUGUCUGGAGAGCAUCUAUAAGAAGAUCACGGGUCAGGACCUGAAGUACGAGGCCCUGAUGGGGAAGCCCAGCGAACUGACCUAUCACUACGCAGAGUUCCUCAUCAGAGAGCAGGCGUCCGAGCGGGGCUGGAGGCAGCCAAUCACAUCGCUGUAUGCUGUCGGGGACAACCUGAUGACUGACAUCUACGGUGCCAACCUCUACAACCGGUACCUGGAGGAGCGCGUGGCGCGGAAGAGCCGGGCCGUGGCCAACAUGGGAUCGGGAUCGGGAACGAUCCCUCGGGACUCGGACCCAGAGAACAACGGCUGGGAAAGCGAGCUCGCGUCACCAUCCGCAACCUCCUGCAAGUCCAUCCUGGUGUGCACAGGUGUGUAUAACCCUCACCUGGAGCUCCCCCGGGACGCCGGCCGGAGCAUCACGGAGACGGUGUUCCACGGGCACAGGGACUUCUGCUUCGACCCGGCGCUGGUGGAGCCCGAGAGCAUCGUGCCGGACGUAGACGCCGCCGUGCAGCUCAUCUUCCAGAUGGAGGAGUUCGGGACCGCGGGCUAGACGGCCGGCGCACGCGUCACACGGGGCGAUCCGAGCAUCACUGAUCACACUUCAACUGGAACACGUCCCAAAAAUAUGGUUAUUGGCAUCAAGAGUCGCCAUCCUUUACAUUUAGAACAAGCACUUUGAGUCCCGGUCAGUCAUGAAGCGCACAGUAGGCCCACGACAGAGUAAAGCUGUGUUCAAAGCCACUCAACGUCCCCCGAUCGCAUGGUAUUGAAGCUCGUUUCUGCCACGCAAAACAGAAAUAAAUGAAAUAAAAAGGGAAUUGCGACUUCUUAUUUCGCAACUCUUAGAAAAAAGCCAGAAU